UCAGCAGUCAGGCGUAGUCAGCUGGCUGCGGAAACACCCCAUAAUCAUACAAACUCUUUGGGAAUUGGAAUUGAGCGCUGCCUACAAAUCUAAGCAAUUUCCUGAAUGGGAGGUGCCGGAAGAACUGAGUAUGGUGAAUACACCUAUGACAACCUUGAGAGAGAACCUUACUGGCCAUCAGAAAAGCUUCGAAUUUCCAUCACCGGAGCUGGUGGUUUUAUUGCCUCCCACAUAGCAAGGCGCUUGAAGACCGAGGGGCAUUAUAUUAUUGCUUCUGACUGGAAGAAAAAUGAGCACAUGACUGAAGAAAUGUUCUGCCACGAAUUCCAUCUAGUUGAUCUGAGGGUUAUGGAUAACUGUCUCAAGGUGACUGAGGGAGUUGACCACGUUUUCAACCUUGCUGCUGAUAUGGGUGGGAUGGGCUUUAUCCAGUCCAACCACUCUGUCAUUAUGUACAACAACACAAUGAUUAGUUUCAACAUGCUUGAGGCAGCCAGGAUUAACAAAGUUAAGAGGUUUUUUUAUGCCUCGAGUGCUUGUAUCUACCCUGAGUUUAAACAGCUGGAAACUAAUGUGAGCUUGAAGGAGUCUGAUGCUUGGCCAGCUGAGCCGCAAGAUGCAUAUGGGCUAGAGAAGCUUGCAACAGAGGAAUUAUGCAAGCACUAUAACAAGGAUUUUGGAAUUGAGUGUCGUGUUGGCCGGUUCCACAACAUUUAUGGUCCCUUUGGGACAUGGAAGGGUGGGAGGGAGAAGGCUCCUGCUGCCUUUUGUCGUAAGGCAAUCACUUCCACUGAUAAAUUUGAGAUGUGGGGGGAUGGAUGUCAAACACGAUCUUUCACCUUCAUAGAUGAGUGUGUCGAAGGUGUACUUAGAUUAACAAAAUCAGACUUUCGGGAGCCGGUGAACAUUGGAAGUGAUGAGAUGGUCAGCAUGAAUGAGAUGGCUGAGAUUGUUCUUGGCUUUGAGAACAAGAAUAUUCCUAUACAUCACAUUCCUGGGCCAGAGGGUGUUCGUGGCCGUAACUCCGACAACACGCUGAUUAAAGAGAAACUUGGAUGGGCUCCGACUAUGAAGUUAAAGGAUGGGCUCAGAAUUACAUACUUCUGGAUUAAGGAACAGAUUGAGAAAGAGAAGGCUCAAGGCACUGAUACGUCAGUUUAUGGGUCAUCCAAAGUGGUGCAGACCCAAGCCCCUGUUCAACUAGGCGCUCUCCGGGCAGCAGACGGCAAAGAAUAAAUUACUCUCCCGAAUGUUUAAUGUAGGAGCAGACUCCUAUAUUGAUAUAUCAUAGAGGUCCGUGAUUUAGGCUUAUUAGCAAUGUGAUUUGCUGUCUGUGUGUGUGAUGUGUAGACGGGGAGCUUUAAUGUUUUUGUUGUGUUUUAUGAUUGGUUAAGCCACUAGUUGCUGCUCAGGGGGUUUCUACUGAGAUGUAAGUUAUUUUACUGGUUAAAUAAGAAUGCCCUGAUUGUAUUAGCGUUUGAGGGCCUGUUUGCCAUCAUGUUUAAUAAGCAUAUUUUACGCAAGUCAAGACAAAACUCUUUUUACA